AUGGCAACCGUCGCACCGGGCGGGAUGCCCCCGCCCCCACCUCCGGGCGGCAAUGCGAGGCAGCCGCCUUCUGAUGCACCGGACCCUCCUGAUGGCGAGACCCGUCAGUACCGCAAGUGUAAGAGAACGCUUGAUAUGGCUCAGUUCGUCGGCAAGCGUGGUGGUUCGACAGUGAACUGUUCGGAUUGCCGUGGAGUUGCAGCGGCGCAGGUGUCUUACCACCCAGUUAACAACCCGUGUCCACCGUCUAACAGUGCCGUAGAAAGCUCGAUCCAGUACCGCGCCCAACCGCAAACACCACGCCCACGGCCUUUACAAUACAUCUCGCGAGCGGCCUCCCGUGCGGCAUCUUCGGUUGUUCGCCAUACCCCUCGCUUUCUUCGCCGUGGUCAAUUCUCGCAGGAUUCGCCAACCACCGCAUCCUCCCGACGUGAACUCUCUACUAUUGAACGUCGUCAUCGCGUACAGCGCCGUCAAGGCAUAGCUCCGUCGGCUACACCCCCUCUCGAUGAGCUGAUCCGACGUGCCCAUGGUUACGAAGACGACAACGAGCAUCACGACCCGGGUAAUAGUCCGGGAGACAGCCCGGGAGACAGCUCGGGAGACAGCCCGGGAGAUAGCCCGGAAAAUAGCCCGGGUGAUGGUCUGGGUGACGACCCCCAGCCCAGCGACAAUGUGGGUAUUGCUCCCGGUAGUGCUGGCGAUCCCUACUUUGUCUGCAACGCAUGUGGUAUGGCUCGGCCUCUGAACCUCCUUGACGCAGCUACUGGCUUUUGCUUUUACUGUAUCAAUGCUAGCGUAGAUAGAGAUCCUUUUGCUCAAUUCAAGACUUGUCUACGCUGUUUGGUGGAUCGCGAGCGGUCUGAGUUCCGCGAUGCUCAUGGCGAAGGGCAGGACGUGUGUCGCCUUUGUACGGCUCAAUUCGACCCAGCAUCGUCAGUCACCAGUCUCAGCUCUCUCGGCUCUCUACCGGAUAUGCUAUCGUCCAGCAACCCGUUCACGGUAGAGCCUGUCCCCAACCCGGUCUUUGAUGGGGACCUAUCGGCCGACGCUAUCACGAUGGAAGAUAGGGUCCGGCUGCAGAAGUUCAAUGCCGAGAUGGCCAAGGAGGCUAUGAUUGAGGAGCAGCUCAUUGCGCGCGUCCAUGUCCAUGUGGAGGUCUUCCUCUACCGGGGCCAACAAUACAAAUACCGCGGGCAUGUUGUUGAUUCCUCCGCGAUGUCGGCAAAGUCUACAACCAGUUACCACGGCUACCUCGGGAGCUGGAUGUCAUCGUCUUGCGGCCUACCAACUUCGCCCAGCAGGACCAUGUUAUACGCGAACCACCCUGCUUACCGCGACAUCGUCAUCAGCGAGGAGAGGCUGAGCCAACUUCCGGAGGAUGGUGGUAGUGUGAUGGACGAGUUCCCAGUCGAGGAUGUUGAUCCUGUUGAUAUCGAGGAUGUGGUCGCUGAAGCCAACGACGAGUCUCACUUGGUUGACGAAGCCGCCGUACCCAAUAUCGUUGCUGAGGAGGCCAAUCUUGAUCAGCUCCGGGAACAGAUCAACGCUCAGCAACAGUCGCAGCACCCCGAACAACCGCCUAUUCAGCCUUACAUUGAGAUGGGCGAGAUUCGCCGGACACCGUUGAAUGAGUUCAACCGGUCCCAACCCCUGUUGUCGUGGGCUUUUCCCACACUCUUUCCCUAUGGUCGAGCCGAGUUCGUUGCGCCCCGGGUGCGGUCCAUCACCUAUAGAGAGUAUCUCUACCAUGCGAUGUGGCAUCGAGAUGGACGUUUCGCCCGGCAUCCGCGCUUCCGUUUCGUAGCGUUCAAUACUGUGAUGCGGUCGACCGUCAAUGCGAAGAGUUCCUAUUUCGUUCGACACACCCACCAAACCCAGGUGGAUCUCGACGAGCUACGGGCAGCGUUUGAUUCCAAUGCCCCUGAGGCGCAACGUCUUCUUAACUCCAUUGUCAAGCACGCGGAUACCCUCCGUGGUACUCGGGCUUACUGGACUGGCAAGGGCCAUCAGCUCACUGCCCACGUCUAUGCCCUGGGGAUGCCGGCGAUGUUCAUGACUUUCAGCCCGGCUGAUUUGCACUGGGAUAGCCUUGCGCGACAUAUGCCGCGUUACGACGAGUGGAAGCAGGGCACUGAACGGGCGCGGCAGCAUAUCUCAUGGCAGAACCUCCAGGACAACCCAUACAUUGCGGCUUACCACUUCUUCAAGCGGUACAACGCUUUUAGAGACCACGUAUUGAUCCCCAAGUUUGGCAUCGUCGACUAUUGGGGCCGCUUCGAGUGGCACGCCCGUGGUAGCUCUCACCAUCACGGGUUAUACUGGUGUGCUGGCAGUGUUCAGCCCGACUUGGAGGAUGAUGAAGGGCGGGCUGAGUUUGCCCGCCGCUGGGGUUUCUCUAUCACGGCGAUGAACCCCGAACCGAACAGGGUGAUGAUGCAAGGGGAGGCGAACGUAUUGAUCAUCGAGUUGUUUAAGCACGAACAGCCAACCUUUGAUACCCUGUCCAGGAUCGUCAACAGGGUCCAGCGGCACGCUUGCAGCGAGGCAUACUGUCUACGCCGAAAGAAGCUACCUGGUGGUGUUCUUUCUAUCGAACCGGUCUGUCGGUUCUACUUCCCUCGUAGCCACCACGAAGAGGCCUACGUCACCCGUGACAUGAACCCGGCCUACUGGAUGUUUGACGGCGCCCGGAACGAUUCGCGUCUUAACGGUUACAACCGUACUAUUACUCUUGGCUGGCUUGCCAACACCGACAUCAACCCCUGUACCAGCGUUGACGCAGUGCUCAACUACGUCGCUAAAUACUGCUCCAAGGCGGAGACCAAGAGCAAAUCAUACCAGGAGCUCGCGAGCGAGCUCCUGCCCCGGAUUUCGAACCGUGAUCCGCUAGUUUCGUUUGCUUCGAAGCUUAUGAACAAGCUGAUUUCUGAGCGAGACUGGUCAGCGCAGGAGAUUUGUCACCUCCUGAUGCAUCUUCCUCUCCAAAAAGGUACUCGGGUGGUUCGGACUGUGGAUUGUCGUCCGUAUAACCCCCAUCAGGUCACCAUGAUUCGACCAGAGAACCAGGCGGUUUCCUCUGACCCAGGGGCGGCUGACAAUCAGUUCGAGGACUUUUGUCGGGUCAAGUUGAUGCUCAACCACGUCCAUCGUAACCCCGAGGAUUUGAAGACGGUCGAUGGCUCUGUCUUUGACACUUAUCGCCAGGCGUACGAGUACUGCCUCGAGAUCCACCGUCACCCGGACGACUAUUACGGCGAGGUGUUUGUACCGGAGGCGGAGGAUGUCUUCGAAGAUGCCCCUGACGAGGAGCCCCAACCUCGAGACUGGGAGGAACUGGCCGCCGAGCUGCCCAAUCGCCCGGUUGAGCAGGAGGAUAUCGACAUCCUCGGCAACCGUGACAUCGAUAUACUGCAUUCGUGGGACCCUCACGUUGGUCGUUACUUUGACCUUGAACCCAUCGGGGCAAAGUUCUGGAGGCUCAAGAAGGCCGAACAUGGUGUGGGUGAAGUGGAGGUUGGAGACUUCUCUGCGAGUGCGCCCGAUAGUCUCAACACUGAACAGCGUAUGAUAUUCGACAUGUUCGAGGCACACUACAAAGCCUACCUGACCGGCGACAACCCGGAUCCUAUCCUUCUGCAGGUCGACGGUAGAGGUGGUACCGGAAAGUCGCAUGUUAUCCGCCUCCUCUCUGCCCGGCUCGACCAGCUUGCGCGGGCUCGUGGCUAUUCUUCGCCCGUUGUUCGGGCUGCUCCGACUGGCGUUGCCGCCAACAAUAUCGCUGACAGUACUUUGCAUUCGCUGCUACGGUUACCGGUGAGCAAGAAGGGCGACAUCAACAACCUCAACGCCACUGAGCUUGGUAACUUGCAGGCCAAACUCAAGGACGUCCUCUACUUCAUCAUCGACGAGAAGUCCAUGAUUGGGCUCCGGCUUCUGGCAUCGAUCAGCUACAGGAUGGGCGAGAUCUGGCCCCGGUACCGUGAUCAGCCGUUUGGUGGCCGCAGCGUGGUCCUGAUCGGCGACUUCUUUCAGCUACCCCCUGUUGCGGAGAGGGCGCUGUAUAGCAACAACGCUGUGCUGGGUGCAGGUCUGAACCUGCCCUGUUACCAAGCUGUCGCUGACAAUACUGGCCCAAAGGCUAGCGAAGUUGAGGCGGCGGACGCUGGCAAUUUCCACAAGAAGAUCCCCUUGGUGAUUGGUGCCCGGGUCAUGCUGACAGAGAACAUCUGGAUCGACAAGGGUCUCGUCAACGGGUCUAUUGGCACGAUCUACGACUUCGCGUGGCGGACUGGCGCCGAUACCAGCACGCAGCCUCCUUUUGUUGUGCUAAUCAAGUUUGAUCAGUACGUUGGUCCUCCCUGUUUCGACGACCCCGAGCUCGCUGGCGUGGUCCCCAUCUUUCGCAGCAAGAGGGACUUCCUCAGGGGUAAUACCAACUGUACACGCACGCAGUUCCCUCUGACGAUCGCCUACGCCAUCACGGUACACAAGUCGCAGGGUGCAACGCUUGGCAGGGCUGUACUGUAUAUCUCAGACAGGGAUUUCACGGCAGGGCUUACGUACGUCGCCGUCAGCCGCGUCAAGACCCUCCAGGGCGUCAUGUUUGACAGCACAUUCGACUUGCAGGCUCUGCGCAUUCAAGCCAACGCCAACCACGCGGCGCGCGCUGAGGAUAUCGCCCGAUGUCUUCUGCAGUUGGUUACGCCUGCGCAGGUGGAAGUUUACGCUCAGCAGUGGGACAUUUAUGAUGCGUAG